CGAUCCCCUCUCUUAUUCUGGAGGAGUGCCCCCCCUUCAAUCACUAGAACGAAUCAAGCUCGAUGCCCCUGUCAGCUCAAGAACAUGACACCCCCCUGUCUUGAUCCCCGGUUCUUCAGGUAUGGUGAAAGAAAGUACAGCAGGUUCCGUCACGGACUUACUGGUCUUCUUUUCUUUCACCCGCUGAACGGGCUCUGUACGAAAUACUGUACCGCCGCCACUGUUGUUUUUCUAAUCCAUCGUAUCGCCAAGCCAAGCCCGUAAAUCAACUCACCAACCUCCAACUUUUGGCUCCCUCUUCCUUUUUCUUUCUCUCUACCUCGUGCUUCCUCAACUGUUUUUGGUCUUGUUUAUUUGCUUUUCCGUUAUUGCCAUCGAAUCUUGCGUCGGAAUCAAUCCUCCCUCCUCAUAGGACUACCUCCCUGCCUCUAACGGAAUAACGAACCAUCGACCCCAAGUCUAGAACUGAUCUGCAAGGCGGAACUGAACCGUACGGUACGGCAGGAGAAGGCAAUUCAACUCCAGCAAUUCCCAUCAACGACCACAGUAGACGAAACGAUAAACCUGAGUGAUAUCGCCUGCUUCAUAUGCGCACACCAUCAUAAGACCCUGUUUCUCUUACCAACCCUCUCGUCAUACCGAAUACUCUGCAACACCAAAGCUAGCGUCUGUCUCAGUAAAGGUUUCAGUCACAUCGCCGUCUGCAGCAAACACAGCAAGAAACAAGACAAGACUCAAUUCAAAGCAAAACAAAGCAAGGCAAGGGUUAGACUGGAAAUUAAGCUUCGUCUUUCUGCAGUGCAAUUCUCUUUCUUGCCUGACCUGAUAGUGUCCAAGUCCAGAUUGCGCCGCUUUCUACUGCUUCUCCCUUUCUCGGUUGGCUCCGUCUGGCUCUGAUUUAGAGUUGGUCUGAUCUACUCAAAUACCUACCAGCGCCUGGCCAUUGCAUCUGCAUUUGAACUUGCAUUUGCUUCUGUUCCAGUUACACCCCUUCCCGUCGUCUUGUCUUUCUUGUCACUCUGCUUAAAAGCUAUACCCUUGCAGGCACCCACCUAAUACAGGGCCCUGCUCUCUCUUACAUACGUCCAGUUACAUAUUUGUUUUCCUUUUUCUAAAUUCCCUCUCCAAAUAUGUUUACUCAACCAGUGGUUUCCACGCCCACGGGCCCGCCACAGUCGUCGUCCACAUCCACCUCAAGACCGAGUCGCCUCCGAGGUUUGAGUUACUUGCGCAACUAUACACAAAAUCAUUUAUUGUCUCGCGACAACCACCAUAACAGCUCCAGCACUGGAUCAGCAGGCGGCACAGGCACAGCAAGCGCACGAAGCACGUCCCCUAAUCGACACGGCUCUAGCCUCACGCGAUCCCUCAGCCAUUCGCCUACUACAAGUGGACCAUCCACUGGAGCCCAGAACACCAACCACUUGACACUCGUCAGUUCGACACCCGAUCCCGUGAGGAAUUUGACAUCGGCGACCACCACAACAUCGAUACCUGCACUACCUCCUACUUCUGUUCCCGCUUCCGCUUCCGCUGCUGCUUCCGCUGCUACAAAUUCUACUGAAUCACCAAGGGCUUCCUCACAGCAUUCUGCCGACAUCAACGACCCCGCUACCGCUGCAACAGAAUUAUCAAUGACUGCAGAUACUCAAGCCUCCGCAGCCGCUGGCACAGUCGACUCGAACCAGGACCAGCCUGCCAUGACGAGAUCGCGAUCAGCCACCACUGGCGAAGGGGGCUCGUCGACUCCCGAAACUGCCCCAUCAAUUCGCUUCUCAGCCUACUACGACCCGCGCUCUACACGCCCGUCCCUGACAUUCCCUCCUAUCUCCAGAACUCUGCCCACGGGGUCUGAGAAGAUUCGUGUUGGUCGUUACUCAGAACGCGAUAGUCAUUCUAUGUCGAAUAUGCCUGGUAAUCAGCCAUCAGCUGCACCCGUGGGUUUCAAGAGCAAGGUCGUCAGUCGUCGCCACUGCGAGUUCUGGUACGAGGAUGGAAAGUGGUAUAUCAAGGACGUUAAAAGCUCUUCUGGUACAUUCCUGAACCACAUUCGCCUAAGCCCACCGUCUCAGGAAAGCAAAGCUUUCCCCGUCAACGAUGGAGAUAUCGUUCAACUCGGAAUUGACUUUAAAGGUGGAGAAGAGAUGAUCUUCCGCUGUGUCAAGAUGCGACUAGAGUUAAACCGUGGUUGGCAGAACAAGCUUAACACUUUUAACAUGGCGGCGCACAAGAGGUUGCAGACGAUGGCUUCUAGUGGAGCAGCUGGUACUAACUCCCAAGAUUGCUCCAUUUGCUUGAGCUCUAUUGCUCCCUGCCAAUCUUUAUUUGUUGCACCCUGCUCUCACACCUGGCAUUUCAAGUGUGUAAGAUCACUGCUCAACUCCCCGCAAUACCCCAUUUUCAUCUGCCCCAACUGUCGAGCUGGUGCCGAUUUAGAAGCCGAUGUCGAUGAACUGGCCGAAGAAUGGCAGCAGCUUAAGAACGAAGCCGAGGCAGAAGCAUCAACUCCAGCUCAAGCCGACACUGAGCCAGAGACGGAUCCGGUGCCUGCUGCUGCUAAUUCUGGAACUUCGACACCGGAGCGAUCGCAUACAGCCGACAUCGACCACAUGGACGUUACUGUCAACAUCACACCAGAAACACCUCAGCGAAAUGAAGUUAACCAUGCUAUAUCCGAGCCUUUACCUAUUAGAAAUGCGGCCUCAGCUCCACGAAGAGUCGGCCAGCUGGGAGAUAGUCGAACACCGUCACCUCCAGGUGGCACUGAAGGACCAAUCACCCCACGAAAUAAUGUUGGACCUUGGGUUUUUGAUGGCAGUGCCGGCCGUACAGUGAGCGCUACAGAAGGCGAAAUGACAAGUAUAGAUGCCGCAGCACAGCCAGACACAAGCGAAAACGACAUCGCGGCUCGAUGAUGACUUAAUUCGAAUGCCUGGUUCAAAUUAUUGCAUAUAUACAGACCACUUGGCCGUCAAGCGGCACUUGGGAAUCAUUACACAUAUAUGGCGUUCUGUUGGUUUGUCCUGGUUUUCAUGGCAGCAAAGGCGUUCAAAGGGUUUUAAACACAGCCAUCUGUCUAAGAAUACAGAGUUGGUUUGCUUGGGCUGGUGUGGCACAGCGUUGUCCUGGUUCAUUCUUCGAAGAGAUAUAUGAGGGAGAUUUAGACGCAAGAGAGUGGACGUUUAUAUGGCAUAGGAUGCAAAUGGCCAAAUAUGGGCCUAUGAGCAGGAGUUAAUGGAAUAGACUUGUUCUCAUAUCAUUCCAACUGAGAUGCUAAAGAUGCCGUGUAGCUUCGCAAGAUCAGAUGCUGUAUUCAUGAAGGCGUUUGUAUAACGCCACUGCAUACGUAGACAAUUGACACUGCUGUGCUAUCUCCAGCUUCUACACUAUCCCUG